AUGCGACUCUUGCAUUACCUUCCAGUCGAGGACAUUUUCCCAACAUGGAGCAAUAUUGCGGUUGCCUUGGCAGCAAUCGGAGUCGCAACCCUCUUGAUGCGCGCAAUUUACAACCUCUACCUGCAUCCAUUGGCCAAGUUCCCCGGGCCCUGGUAUGCCUGCUCCUUUUCUGUGGUGCUGGCCACAAUCUCUGUCUUGCGAAUGGAGCCACAGUUUCUGAGUUACUUGGUGAAGAUAUACGGUUUCGAGAAACCCAUUCGGGUCACCCCAACGAUCCUCAUGUUCCCGCGGCCCUCCGCGUUGAAGGAGAUCUACUGGGACCCCCAAUGUAACACCAAGUCCCGGCUCUAUGGCAGUGGGGCGCUGGGGCCACCGCACCUGUUCACCACGCUCGAGUCUGACGCCCACAGACAGCUCCGGCGGGCCUUAUCCAACGCCCCUUGGACCAUUGGCAAGCUGCGGCUGGCCUGGGAGAAGCGCUUCGACGAGCUAGUUGAGCUGUUCAUGACGAAGAUGCACGAGCAUGCCGCGGCAGGCCGUGUGGUAAGUCUUAGCGAGAAAGUUUCCGAGUUCGCGGCCGACAUCAUGACCAUUAUGACUUUUAACGAGCCCUUUGGUUUCGUCCAGAACCAGCGUGACGAGCGAGAUCUCCUGGGAAGCUGGCGGCGGAACGUCAACCUAUUCGCCUUUGCGGGGCGAGCGCGCUUCUUCCGCGAAGUCAUCCUUACCUCCCCCCUCGGGCCCUGGAUCCUGCCCUCCAUCCGUAGUGAGUCGGGGAUUGGAUGGAUGCUCAACGAGGCAGAUCGCCAAGUAACCGCGCGGGAGAAGGCCACCGCGCAGGGCCUAUAUCCUCACUCCCCGGAUUUCAUGCAGCAUGCGCUGGAGGCCCGUCUCCCGUCCGGCGAACCACUUUCGGCGGCGCAGCGACGCGCCCAUGUCGUCCUUCUCAUUCAAGCCGGAGCAGACACCACCGGAACGACCAUGGGCAGCGCCCUGCGGUUCUUGCUGCAGCACCCCGAAGCUUGGGCAAGGUGCCGGGCUGAAAUCGACGCUGUGGAACAGCAGGGCCUCCUGUCACACCCGAUUCAGUAUGAGGAGACUCGGCAGCAUCUGCCAUUUUUGGUGGCUUGCCUGAAGGAGACCAUGCGGUUGAAUCCCUCGGCCACCAAUCUGUUCGCACGUGUCUGCCCUCCGGGAGGUAAGAUCAUUAACGGCCAUCACAUCCCCGCGGGGACCGAAAUGGCCUGCCACGCCUACACUUUGCAACGCAGUGUGGAAGUGUAUGGCUCCGACGCGAACGAAUUCCGGCCAGAGCGCUGGCUCGAGAGUGCACAGCGCACGCGGGAACUGGAGGCUGCUCAGUUUACCUUCAGCGUUGGGCCUCGGACCUGUCUUGGGAAAGACGUUGCGACGCUGGAGAUGUGGAAAUUGAUCCCUGAGAUCAUUCGGCAAUUUGAUAUCGAAUUCAUUGAUCCCGGGAAAUACGUGGUGGUUGGGGGAAUUGUUUGGAACGAGGGCUUAAUGGGUCGUUUCGUGGCACGGCGCAAUGGAAAAGGCAGGCAGGGAUGAAAGGCCGUCGCUGAUGCGGCUGAUGUUUGACGGGAUUCACGGUGUCGCGACAUGUACUGUAUUCACUACCUACUGCUGCGAGGAAUAUAUCUGUUUGGCGG